GCGAUUUGAGAGCCAUUAGUCUAGACUUUCUCUUUGUCCUCCAAAACGCGGAGUCAACUUAUAUGGGGCCCUCCGGCACUUGGAUUACUACUUGUGGAGACGAUGUUUGUUUCUCCUCGACUCUCACUUGGUCGCCUUCCUGUAUCUCGCCCAUUGUCAAAUGUGUGCCUCGGCCUGAGAAAGACUAACGUGUCACUGCGGAGCCAAUUACAUUCCUUCCAUUCUCUUUCCUUUACAUCGGUGACUCUGAGUUCUAUACACUACUACCACAAGCACCCAACCAUGUCGCGGAGACGACAGCAUUCCACACACGAGAACGGGGAAGCAGAGACCAAGAAGGACUCAGCAGAGCACAGGGAUCAUGAUCAUGAUCAUGACCAUAACCACGAACAUUCACAUUCACAUUCGCAAUCUUUCUUCAGCGGUCAUUCUCAUGCGGGAGAGUACAACUAUGGCGCAGAGAAGAUUAUGGCAGCCUGGGAGGGCUCAGGCGACAAGGGGUCGUCUAUCACUAUCUUGGGUCUCCUCUCCAACAUCGCUUUGACUGGGGUCAAAGGCACCGCAGGCUGGUACAUGCACUCUGCUUCUCUAUUAGCAGAUGCAGGGCAUUCAUUAAGUGAUCUUUUGGGCGAUUUCGUAACACUAUUCUGUUGGAAACUCUCUCGAAAACCACCUUCUGAAUGGUACCCGUACGGCUUCGCAAAGUUCGAAACGCUGGGAACAACGACUGUCUCAUUACUUUUAAUCGGAGGAGCUUUAGGCAUCGGCUUUCAUUCCUACCACAUCCUUUUAACUGCUCUCAGUGAAACUGCCGCUACUCUUCCUGCCGGUCCUAUACAAUCAAUUCUUACGAAUGUAACAUCUGCAGUACCAGACGUGCCGCAUGUCCUCUCUCAUCAUUCACACGUCGAAGCCGUCGACCCUAACGCUGCUUGGUUCGCUGCCAUUAGCGUGCUGGUCAAAGAAUGGUUGUACCGAGUUACGAAGGCCGUAGCUGAUGAUGAAAACAGUCCUGUCUUGCUCGCGAAUGCUAUUCAUCAUCGUAGCGACGCGUAUUCGAGCUUUGUCGCUCUUUUCGCUAUCCUUGGUUCUUGGAUUUUCCCCAAGCUCCCAUUAGAUCCUAUUGGUGGUUUGUUGGUGUCCUUUGUGAUAUUGCAACAAGGAAUUGGUCUACUAGUAGGCGCAUGGGGAGAUCUCACGGACGCUGGUGUGUCUGCCAAAACGAGACAAUCUCUCAAGAGCACGCUGAAACCACUUGUGGCCUCAUCGUCUUCCGCCGAUUCCGCAUCGUUGUCAAUUUCCAAACCCACUAUUCUCGCAGUAAGCCAGCUCCGUGCACGACGCGCGGGGUCGUUGAUAUUUGUCGAUUUGACCGCUGAGGUUCCAAGAAAUCUGACAGUUGACCAGCUUGUCUUCCUGGAGGAAAAAAUUCUUCAGACACUUAAAGAGUCACGGAAAGAAGUGAAAGAAGUUCAUGUUAAAUUCAGGCCUGUGGAGGACUGAUCCUCGUUCCUCAUAAUUCCUCUAUUAUUAUUGGUCGCGAAGUAUCUGGAUUCUGGUAGCAUUGUAUUCUAAGGUCCACAUUGAAAUAUAAAUAAGGUAGAUUAGAGCAUCCCGUAUAUCUCUAACAAAAAAAAGUUGUUAGUCCAAGUUGAUGGUUUGCAUAGAUAAAGAGGUAGAGAGGCUCAGCAACAAGAGGUGUCCACAGUCCCG